AUGGACGGUGAUGCGGAAUUUAAUGCUUUAGCAUCGGUUUAUCAAAGUAUUAUGCAAGAUAUGAAGUCAAUGUAUCCUUCAUGGGAAAACGUAUCGCACAAAGCUUUAAAAUUAGCAACGCAACUUAAAGCAACUCUCACCUGCAUGAAUGCAUUUAUCGAUGCCUUACAAACGGUUGCAGAUUCGGCUAAUAAUAUUAAAGGUUCUACAAGAGAUAUGGGAGCAUGCUUAACAAGAAUUUGUAUACGGCAAAGAUCAGUUGAAAAUCGCCUUCGCGGACUUGCUGAUUCAUUAACGGACGAGCUAGCGCUAAGUAUUCAGAAUAAAACGUCUUACUGGAAGCAAAGAGCUGUUGAAAUGGACCGUCAUGCUUCAAAAUUCUGCCGAAAAGUAAGAUCGCGCAAAGGAUCGGUAGAUAGUCAAUCACUUAAUGAGCAGAGACGUAUUUGCCACGCCUUGCUUACUGAACAAAGGAGCCAACUUUCCUUUUUCUUAUCUGCACUAGUUCCAGUUCUGAAUAGUGAGUUAGGGCUAUUAGAUGAAGGAAGUCAUGUGCGACAAGCCACUGAUCAUUUACAAUCUACUAUUCGCUCGGUUGAUUCUGGAAAAUUAAUUGAGACUAUACUUGGUGAUAUUCAUCAAGGUGCCGAUCAGUCAUGGCGCAAUUGCCUAAUGCAAGUCGCUAAUCGAGCGUCCGUUGCAUAUUCUAGUGAUGAUGUCUCGUAUCGGACUCCUUCCCCUUCGCCAAGUACGUUCACGUGGCCAGCCACUGUUGAAGAAUCUUUUGUAGAAUCUUCAGUAGCUGCUCUAACAUCGCUUCGAGCGCAUACAAUUUCUAUUGGUGAACAAUCAAGAAGAUGUAUCAAUUCUCAGACUUUUUCACCUCCUACCUCUAGUCAGUUGUCUCUUCCACAUACAAAGCCUCCUCUUCCAAAAAAACCUACGUCGAAUUCGAUAUCAGCAUCUUCGGCGAGUUCAGAUCUUACAACUUUGUCGCAAGAGCAGGUUCCAGUGAUUUAUCGUAAUGGAGGUAACCUAUCUACAUCUUCUACUGAUGUUACAUGCGACACAAUAGUGCGCCGCCCGAGGCCAUUAAGUUUUGCAUGCGACGACUCAACAAAUAUAGCAACUCAUCGUCAGAUGUCUUCGCCAUGUCGUCCAGAUAAUCCAAAUAGCCAAAUGGCUCCUUCGCCAGUGACAACUGAUUCGGUUGCGAAUUCACUCAUCUCAGAGACAAUUGAGCAAAUUGAUAAAUUAGGAUCUGAGUUGGACUUUUAUUGUAAAACUGCCCCUUCUGUUAUGUUUACCCAGCAAACAAUACGAUUCCGUUCUGUGGGUUAUUCAGGAAGUUGUAAGCCGCCACCUCCACCCGAACGCCGCAAUUCUACGAUUACAUCAGCUACACCUAACGCUCCAUCUGUUGCCGAAUUACGUGCUGCGCGAUCGUUGCACGCUGACUAUGCUACAUCGAAUGUUUCAGAUCAUAUAAGCGAAGCUAAUGUCGCAAGCCGUUAUCUUUAG